CAGCCCCGGGCGGGGCGCGGGGCCGCCGAAGCCGCGGAACGUGGGCUCGCGCCCCGCCUUUGUCUCCCGGGUGCGAGCCGCCGCAGCCCCGCGCCCGCCGCUCGCUGCCAGAGCCGCUUUGUACCGCGGCGCGGGGGACCCGGGCGUGGAGCCGGCGGGCGCAGCCUCAGCAUGGACGUGACGGUCUCGGAGCUCAUGGAGCUCUUCUUGCAGAGCCCGCUGGUGACCUGGGUGAAAACUUUUGGCUCCUUCGGAAGCGGCAACCAGGACAACCUGACCAUGUACAUGGAUCUAGCCGACGGCAUCUUUUUGAACCAAAUCAUGUUGCAAAUAGACCCCAGGCCAACAAAUCAGCGCAUCAACAAGCACGUCAACAAUGACGUGAACCUUCGCAUUCAGAACUUGACCAUCUUGGUGAGAAACAUUAAGACGUACUAUCAGGAAGUUCUCCAGCAGCUGAUCGUAAUGAAUUUGCCCAAUGUCUUGAUGAUUGGCAAAGACCCACUGUCUGGGAAGAGCAUGGAAGAAAUCAAGAAGCUGCUGCUGCUGGUGCUGGGCUGUGCCGUCCAGUGUGAGAAGAAAGAGGAAUUUAUCGAAAGAAUCAAACAGCUGGACAUUGAGACCCAAGCUGGGAUCGUGGCCCAUAUACAGGAGGUGACCCACAACCAGGAGAACGUGUUUGACCUGCAGUGGCUGGAGCUCCCGGACGUGGCCCCAGAGGAGCUGGAGGCCCUCUCAAGGAACAUGGUGUUUCAUCUCAGGAGGCUCAUCGAUGAACGAGACGAAUGCACAGAGUUGAUCGUGGACCUGACCCAGGAGCGGGACUACCUGCAGGCGCAGCAGCCGCCCAGCCCGCUCAAGUCGUCCAGCACCGAGUCCACCCCCAGCCCCACCAGCAGCCUCUCCAGCGAGGACAAGCAGCACCUGGCCGUGGAGCUGGCCGACACCAAGGCCAGGCUGCGCCGUGUCAGGCAGGAACUGGAAGAGAAGACGGAGCAGCUUGGGGACACCAGGCACGAGGUGGACCAGCUGGUGCUAGAGCUGCAGAAGGUCAAGCAGGAGAACAUCCAGCUGGCGGCUGACGCCCGCUCUGCUCGCGCCUACCGAGACGAGCUAGACUCCCUGAGGGAGAAGGCGAACCGCGUGGAGAGGCUGGAGAUGGAGCUCGUGCGCUGCAAGGAGAAGCUGCAUGACGUGGACUUCUACAAGGCCCGCAUGGAGGAGCUGAGAGAAGACAACAUCAUUUUAAUCGAGACCAAGGCCAUGCUGGAGGAGCAGCUGACCGCGGCCCGGGCUCGGGGCGACAAAGUUCACGAGCUGGAGAAAGAGAACCUGCAGCUCAAGUCCAAGCUUCACGACCUGGAACUGGACCGGGACACAGAUAAGAAGAGAAUCGAGGAGCUGCUGGAGGAAAACAUGGUCCUUGAGAUAGCCCAGAAGCAGAGCAUGAACGAGUCCGCCCACCUCGGCUGGGAGCUGGAGCAGCUGUCCAAGAACGCGGACCUGUCCGACGCCUCUAGGAAGUCAUUUGUGUUUGAGCUGAACGAAUGUGCCUCCAGCCGCAUCCUGAAGCUAGAGAAGGAGAACCAGAGCCUCCAGAGCACUAUUCAGGGGCUGCGGGACGCGUCCCUGGCAUUGGAGGAGAACAGCCUGAAGUGCGGGGAGCUGGAGAAGGAGAACCACCAGCUCAGCAAGAAGAUUGAGAAGUUACAGACACAGCUGGAGAGGGAGAAGCAGAGCAACCAGGAUUUGGAGACCCUCAGUGAGGAGCUGAUCAGAGAGAAGGAGCAGCUGCAGAGUGACAUGGAGAGCCUGAAGGCUGACAGAGCUAGGCAGAUCAAGGUCCUCGAGCAAGAGAAGGAUCGUCUCAACCAGGCGGUGUGGUCGCUGCGGGAGAGGUCGCAGGUCAGCAGUGAGGCCCGCACGAAGGACAUCGAAAAGGAGAACAAAGCCCUCCACCAGACGGUGACCGAGACGAGCAGCCGACUCAGCAAGCUGGAGUUCGAGAAGCAGCAGCUGCACAAGGACUUUGAGCAGGUGAAGGAGAAGGUGGAGCGGGCGGAGGAGCUGGAAAGGGAGCUGCACCGGCUGGAGAAGGAGAACGAGAAGCUGGCCAAGAAGGUGGCCUCCCUGAAGACGGCCACCGAGAAGGCGGACGCCCUGGAGCGCGAGAGUCGGGGCCUGGCGCUCGAGAACCGGCAGCUGAGGAAGUCGCUGGACACCCUGCAGAACGUGUCGGUGCAGCUCGAGGGUCUGGAGCGGGACAACAAGCAGCUGGACGAGGAGAACCUGGAGCUGCGCCGCAUGGUGGAGACCCUGCGCUUCACGGGUGCCAAGAUGGCGCAGAUCGAGCGCGAGAACCAGGAGCUGGAGCGGGAGAAGGAGGAGCUGCGCAAAAACGUGGAGCUGCUCAAGGCCCUGAGCAAGAAGUCCGAGCGCCUGGAGCUCAGCUACCAGGGCGUGAGCGCCGAGAACCUGCGGCUGCAGCAGACGCUGAAGAGCAGCGGCCAGAAGGCCCAGGCCCUGGAGCAGGAGCUCAGGGAUCUGGAGGCCGAAAACCAGGCCCUGCAGCGCGACCUGGAGGCCCUCCGGCUCACCAACAAGCAGCUGGAGAGGUCGGAGAAGGACCGGAAGGCCCUGGAGCAGGAGGUGGCCCAGCUGGAGAAGGACAAGAAGCUGCUGGAGAAGGAGACCAAGCGGCUGUGGCAGCAGGUGGAGCUCAAGGACGCGGUCUUGGACGACAGCACCGCCAAGCUGUCCGCCGCCGAGAAGGAGAGCCGCGCCCUGGACAAGGAGCUGGCCCGCUGCAGGGACGCGGCCAGCAAGCUGAAGGAGCUGGAGAGGGACAACAGGGACCUCACCAAGCAAGUCACCGUGCACACGCGGACGCUGACGACCCUGCGCGAGGACCUGGUGCUGGAGAAGCUGAAGAGCCAGCAGCUGAGCAGCGAGCUGGACAAGCUGAGCCAGGGGCUGGAGAAGGUCGGCCUCCACAAGGACCUGCUGUUGCAGGACGAGAGCGGCCACGGCAACACAAAAUGCAGUAUAUUGGAGGGCAGAAAUGAGUCAGCACUAAAAUCAACGUUAGCCAUGAAAGAAGAAAAGAUUGUGUUCUUGGAAGCACAGGUGGAAGAGAAAGCCAGCCUGAACCGCCAGUUACAGAAUGAACUCCAGGUGCUGAAGACAGAGUGUGAGAUCCUCAGGCAGAACCAGGAGGAAGGCAAGCACUUACAGAACUCUUUCAAACACCCUGUGGAGACUUUGGUCACUGGCCACCAGGGGAAGGAGACCUGGGGGCCCAGCCACAAGGAGGCCACCAUGGAGCUGCUCCGAGUGAAGGACCGGGCCAUCGAGCUGGAGCGGAAUAAUGCAGCUCUGCAGGCCGAGAAGCAGCUGCUCAAGGAACAGCUACAGCACGUGGAGACGCAGAAUGUGGCCUUCAGCUCUCAGAUCCUGACGCUGCAGAAGCAGAGUGCUUUCCUACAGGAGCACAACACCACACUGCAGACCCAGACGGCCAAGCUGCAGGUGGAGAACUCCACCCUGAGCUCCCAGAACGCCGCGCUCACCGCGCAGUACACCCAGCUGCAGAACCAGCAGACGGCCAAGGAGAGCGAGAACGAGAACCUGCUGCGGCAGCAGGAGCGGCUGGCGGCGGCCCACGAGGCCCUGAUACAGGACCAUGAGCAUCUGGCCGCGCUGCACGAGCGCCAGUCCUCGGAGUACGAGGCCCUCAUCCGACAGCACAGCUGCCUCAAGACACUGCAUCGCAACCUGGAGCUGGAGCACAGGGAGCUCCGAGAGAGGCACGAGGACAUGCUGAAGCAUAAGGCGGAGCUGGACGAGCGGGAGAAGGUUUUGAACACUGAGAGGGAGGCUCUGCAGCAGGAGCAGAGGACGGGCGCCAUGGCCGUGGGUGAGAACCAGCGACUGCGGGGAGAGCUGGACAGGGUCAAUUUCCUGCACCAGCAGCUGAGAGGGGAGUACGAGGAGCUGCACGCCCACGCCAAGGAGCUGAAGACCUCCCUGAACAACUCCCAGCUGGAGCUGAGCCGCUGGCAGGCGCGGUUCGACGAGCUGAAGGGGCAGCACCAGAGCAUGGACAUCUCGCUGACCAAGCUGGACAACCACUGCGAGCUGCUGUCCCGUCUCAAGGGGAACCUGGAGGAAGAGAAUCAUCACCUGCUGAGCCAGAUCCAGCUGCUGAACCAGCAGAACCAGCUGCUCCUGGAGCAGAACUUGGAGAGUAAGGAGCAGUACCAUGAGGAGCAGAAGCAGUACAUAGACAAAUUAAAUGCCUUGCGGAGGCAUAAAGAGAAACUGGAAGAAAAGAUCAUGGAUCAGUACAAGUUCUACGAUCCUGCUCCAAAGAAGAAGAACCACUGGAUUGGCGCCAAAGCCUUAGUCAAACUCAUCAAACCAAAGAAAGAAGGUUCCAGAGAACGACUGAAGUCCACCCCAGAGAGCCCUCCUUGGCAGGUGGAGUCCCCAGACCCGGCCUCGCCAUCUCCUCAGGCCCUCAGAUUGCAGCCAGAGAACCCCGAGGCCACCCCGUCUGGCUCCAAUGGUACAGAAGAGCGGGACACCCUCAACGGGCCCAUGGGGAAAGGCCCUGGGGACCUAAAACCAAAGCAAGGGUCCCCGCACAGAGGCAGCCUUGACCGCACGGAUGCCUCCGCUGACCCAGCCGUGAAGCUCUGGCCCUCGGAGCUGAGCUCCCGGACCUAUUCAACCUCAGCCAUCACUACAACCCCUUCCAGCUCCACCUCCCUCUCCCGGCACCCAGGCCGCACCAAAGGCUAUAAUUCAGAUGACAGCCUCUGUGACCCAUCCCUGGAGCUGGAGUUCAACCACAGGCCAUACGCUUUUCUCGGAUUAGAUGGUUCGGCGUGGGCCCACCUGCCCCUGGCCAUUCAGGCUGAGUGUCCCUUCCUUCCAGUGUCCCGGCCAGACAGCUUGGAGAGCAGUCGGAACACAUCCAGCGAGAGCUCGCCUCUUAACCUGAAAGGUUCCUCCGACCAGCUCCACGGGAGGUCUGAGAGCUUCAGCAGCGAAGACCUGAUCCCCAGCAGGGACACGGCUGCUUUGCCACGGGAUGCCAGCACUCCAGGACGCACCGCCCUCGGCCGCCAUGAGUACCCCCUGCCCUGGAACGGGCCUCUCCCCCAGGACGGCGUCCAGAAGAGAGGCACUACACAGCCCCACGCGGGGGGACGGCCCUGCUCUCCCUCGCCGAGCAGUGAGAUGGUCACGCUGGAGGAGUUUCUGGAGGAGAGCAACCGGAGCUCCCCGACCCCUGACGCUCCCAGUUGCCGGGAUGACCUGCUGAGUGACUACUUCAGGAAGGCCAGCGACCUCCCAGCCACUGGAGGCCAGCCAGGACCACCUACCAGGAAAGAAGGGGCCAAGAUGCCCACCAACUUUGUGGCCCCCACCAUCAAGAUGGCCAUCAGCACCUCUGAGGGGAAGCUCCCGAAGCCCGGGCAGUAUGUGAAACCAAGCUUCAGAGCUGCUGAGGCUGAGGCCCUGCCCAGUGGCCCCCCAAGGCAGGUCCAGCCUCCCCAGAGCCUGUCUCUGGGCAGACCCCGGCAGGCCGCCAUGCCCCCGACAUCCCACACGCCUGCCAGCCGGAGUGCAUCUCUGAGCCGGGCUUUCAGCCUCGCCUCUGCCGACCUUCUCAGGGCCAGCGGGCCAGAGGCUUGCAAACAGGAAACCCCUCAGAAGCUGGGGGGUCCUGACAGCUCAGGGGGCAGAGAAACGGGCAGCCAUGUCCUACAAAGCCCCACACCCUCCAGCUCCCACAGCCUGGCCCGGGAGCGGACCCCACUUGUAGGAAAGACUGGCGGCUCUGGUCAGGGCCCAGGCCCCCGCAGCCGGCCCCCGGAUGUGAGGCGUUUCUCACUGGCUCCCCCAAAGGAGGAGAGGCUGGCCCCCCUGCAGCAGUCCGCCACAGCCCCGGCCAUCGCUGCUGGAGCCGGAGGUUCCUGCAGUGGCAGCAGCAGCUCCCAGACCCAGCACUUCCCCACCGCCGCAGCCCAAACCACCAGGACCAAAUCCCAGACGCCCCCCCACGCGGCAGAGGUGGCCACUGUCGCCCCUGUCCGGGGGCCACUAAGCUUCUCCGAGGGUGAUGGGGUCCCAAGGCAAGGCCACAGUGAGGGGCUCCCCACCAAGAGCCCGGGGAGGUCUCCUGACCUGGCUCCCCACCCCAGCCGGGCCUCCGAGGACUUCAGCCGUGGGAGCAGCUUGAAGAGCACGCCAGCGUCCCCCGAGCCUGGUGGGGACCCGCAGACGGUGUGGUAUGAGUAUGGCUGCGUGUGACUCAUCUGGGCCAGCGGCUUCUGAACCUUCCAGUGACUGACUCACCUUCUAAUUAUGAUGGCCUUUUCUUCUGUCUGCCUGUGGUGCCGGGAAGGGGUUUAGAAUGCGGACCGGGGUUCCUGGGCAUCUCUCCCUCUUGUUCUGUUAAUGAAAACACUGUGCCAAGCCCUGAGAGGAUUACACUCCCAUAUGCGUGUGUGUGUGUGUGUGUGUGUGUGUGUGUGUGUGUGUGUGUGUGUCUCUCUUCUGUAUGUGUAGCCUCCAGCAACCUCUGUCUUUUGAACAAAUCCACUUCAGCAUGGGGACAGUCAGAAUACAGUGACACAACUAACCCCAGAGUAGACACUACUUGAGCGCGUCCUGGCAGAACACUCAUUUACAACUUGUCGACCUCUCUUAAGGCACUUGUGUUUGUGUGUGUGCAAACACACAUUCCCAUGGCCAAGCCCUAGUGGUUCUGGAAACUCCAUGUCCUCUUCCUAAAAGCCAUUUGAUCCUAGGAGAAGUCCAGACAGGCCAAACUACAAAGAGCUUGAGGACCUCGGGGAGACACCAGAAUUAGGAUUGCUGCUGAAACCCAGGAGUGCGGCCACACCAUUUCCUGGGGUCCCAAGCAGUUCCAUCUUACCCCAGGGCAGGUGGCCUCGGGCUUGGCCCACCAACCCGCAGUGGGCUCCUGGGCUCCGUACGGUGGGCUCUGGGGGCCCCGCGGAGACCUGCCUUCCCUGGCUCUCUCUUGAAACACUGGAUCUUCUGGGGCUAGGGACCGCGGCAGAGAGGAGCGUCAGUCUCGGCCCCCUCCCAGCAAGCGGGUGUCAUGUACGGAGGGGAAGCAUGUGCAGGAGUGGGUCGUAGGCCUGCUUGGUAAUGUGGCUGCCGCCUCUCUCCUUCCCGUCUCAGAUGAGAGACUGAUUUAUUAUUUCUGAAUAAUUUCUUGUGGUAGAAACCAAAUUUCUUUUAAUAUAUUAUAUAUGUACACACUCCUGUGAAAUAUAUAUUCUUCGAGGGGGGUCUAUUUAUGUUCCAUUGGGAGUCUGUCUCUUCUCUCAGGAAUCUUACCUGCUGCUUUGUGUAUUUGGUCAGAUUCCUGACAAACGUUUUCUGUUUAGUAAAGGUGCUCUUUCUGGGAUGUACUAAACCUGGUGAUUUUAUUUUUAAGGUAUUUUCUUUCUUUUGAUUUAAUAUACUGAGAAAGAAAUGGGACUGUUAACAAGACCAGUUGUAGAAGUGCUUUGGGUUGUGUACUAAAUAGCCAUUCAUUCUGGAACAUGAGGAUAGGUUGAUAAUAAAACGGAACGGCAGAGA